AUGGCGGUCAUUUCCGCCCCUGAUUUGGCACUAAUUGGUGCUUUGCCGAGCACGAGGAACGGGAAGGGAAACACUCUAAACCUCCGAAUGCACAUGGUACACGAUAUCACAGGCGCUCAACUUCUAAGACUCGAGAGUAUAAAUGAUAUGGCUUACUCCCUUCAGUCUCGCGUGGCUCUGACUAUUGCUUUAUCAACCGUCUUUUCUGAUGACAAAGUGGACAAGUCAAAGGGCACUACUAUGGGAUCUAGCUUGAACAGUACAAGGAGCGUAGCCAUCCAUAUUGAUAGUACAUCUGCAGUAUCCAAAUCUAUCUCCAAGCAACAGCUAUGGACAACAAAACCCUCCAUCCAGCCCAGUGGAUACGCUCCAGCACGACCCGCCGGCUCAGUCGCUUGCCCCACGUCCGAGCCAGAGCCAACCUCAUAG